AAGGCGUAUCAUUGGCCCACCCAGACCGUACGUGAGCAGACCUCAGUGUUUUUAGCAGCUGUCAGUCGGGCUGACUCUUCACAUUACAGCUUUCUCUUCAUAUUCACUCAAACAGGUUCAGACGUUACUGAGCAGGAUGCCGAAAGGAGGGGCUAAGAAGGGCGGCCAUAAGGGACGCAUGCGGACAUACACCAGCCCUGAGGAGAUCGACGCCCAGAUGAAAGAGGAGAAGGAGAGGAAGGAGACGGAGACGGAGAGCGGGGGGGCGUGCGCCCAGCCCGACGGCGUGGAGGAGCAGCUCCCGGGCUCCGGGUCCGAGGACAGCGACGAUGACGAAGGCUCCCAGAAGAAGAGAGGCGGCGUGGAGGGGAUGAUCGAGAUCGAGAACCCCAACAGGAUCGUCCAGAAGUCCAAGAAGGUGACGCAGAUAGAGAUGGACGAGCCCAAGACCCUAUCCAGGAGAGAGAGGGAGGAGCUGGAGAAGCAGAAGGCCAAGGAGCGCUACAUGAAGAUGCACCUGGCGGGGAAGACGGACCAGGCCAAGGCGGACCUGGCCCGGCUCGCCAUCGUCAGGAAGCAGCGGGAGGACGCCGCCAAGAAGAAGGAGGAGGAGAAGAAGAGGGCGGCGGCUGGGAAGGCCGCCAAGUGAUCCACGGUACCUUCUGCUGCUCCGUGGACCAAUCACAUCAGCUCUCAGCUCAUGGCGGGCAUAUUGAGAUAGAUGUUGGUAUUCAACUUACUGUGUGUGUGUGUGUGUGUGUGUGUGUGUGUGUGUGUGUGUGUGUGUGUGUGUGUGUGUGUGUGUGUGUGUGUGUGUGUGUGUGUGUGUGUGUGUGUGUGUGUGUGUGUGUGUGUGUGUGUGUGUGUGUCCAGGCAGCAGCCCACAGAGAGACCCCCCCUCUCUGAAGGACCCCAGUGUCCUGACCACCGCACGAUGGACUGGUACCUCCUCUGAAGAGAACCUCCAAAGCAUUUUACUGUAACAUAAGAACAUUCAGAGGCCCGUUGAAUCAAAGGGGCUUUGAUAUAUUUUUUUGGAAUGGAAUAUUUGCUUCGUUGCUCCUCCCAAGAAGAACGGCCGGGAUUGGAGACACCUUACCCCUAUCCUGGGAACGAACCCCCAAGCCUGGGAACGACCCCCCAAGCCUGGGAACGAACCCCCUAUCCUAGGAACGACCCCCCAAGCCUAGGAACGAACCCCCUAUCCUAGGAACGAACCCCCAAGCCUGGGAACGACCCCCCAAGCCUGGGAACGAACCCCCUAUCCUAGGAACGAACCCCCAAGCCUGGGAACGAACCCCCAAGCCUGGGAACGAACCCCCAAGCCUGGGAACGAACCCCCAAGCCUGGGAACGACCCCCCAAGCCUGGGAACGAACCCCCAAGCCUGGGAACGAACCCCCAAGCCUGGGAAGGACACCAUGCCCACCGUGGUGGUAACACACUGAUCCCCUCACCAUGCUGCAAGCCAGGUUUCUCAGUGAACUUUGGUUUAUUUUUUCAUUUGGAUUUUGCAUUGUAUAUAACUCAACUAAAUGAAUAUUUCAGAUGAAUAUAUAAACUGUAAAAAUAUGAAUAUUG